AUGUUAAGGGAUUUGAAAUCCGCUGAUAGAGAUUUGCACACAUCCUCCUCCUCCUCCUCCUCAUCCUUCAGCAUCAACAGUCUGCUGCUGCGGCGCGACAGAGACGUGACAGGAUCCGCUUCAGGAACACGCGGCAGGAAUGAUGCGCGCGACGAAAACAGAGACGCGAGAGACAGUGGGAGCGGAGGAGGAUCAUUGACAGAGGAGAAGCCUCCGUUCAGCUACAACGCGCUCAUAAUGAUGGCGAUCCUGCAGAGUCCUCAGCGCCGCCUCACGCUUAGCGGCAUUUAUGAAUUUAUCACCGAGAACUUUCCGUACUACCGUUACCGGAACCAGCGCGGCUGGCAGAACUCCAUCCGCCACAACCUGAGCCUAAACCGCAGCUUCAUCAAAGUGCCGCGCCGUUAUGAUGACCCGGGGAAAGGCAGCUACUGGACGCUCGAUCCGUCCGGCGACGACGACUUCUUCAUCAGUGACACCGGCACGCGCAAACUGCGGCGGCGGCGACGUCGCGCGCGCCCUGACCUAGCGCAGAGCCCGAGUGUCACCCUGGGGCUCGUGCUGCCGGGUGAUUUCUCCUGGCCCGUGCAGGGGUCACCCUUCCUGCUUCAGCCUCAACUCACAGCUCAGCAAUAUCGUCUACUUUACCACACGCGUCACGCUGCUUCCUUCUCAUCCUGUCUCUCAGUUCCCUCGGGCAAUUUCCUGGACUUUUACCCUCCUGCACUGAACUCCGAGCUUCACACUUACUGCCCCUGUAACCGCACUGAACGCGCUUUGUAG